GUCAUAUGCAUUUAUCUUCACUCCGAUGAGGGCUCAGAUGUGAUAACAGCUGAGCCGGUUCCCCAUCCCCGCAGGAGCUGGCUUGAGUGAGGGCUGUCGGCCGCCUCCCCUCCAUUAGCCAUUAGCUAUUGGAUUUCCCACCCAGAAUCUUUAGCAAAUGAGAUCAUGAUUCUGGAAGGAAGUGGUGUAAUGAAUCUCAACCCCAGCAACAACCUCCUCCACCAGCAGCCCACCUGGACCGACAGCUACCCCAUGUGCAAUGUUUCCAGCGGCUUUUUUGGAGGCCAGUGGCAUGAAAUCCACCCUCAAUAUUGGACCAAGUACCAGGUGUGGGAAUGGCUUCAGCACCUGCUGGACACCAACCAGCUAGACGCCAGCUGCAUCCCUUUCCAGGAGUUCGACAUCAACGGCGAGCACCUGUGCAACAUGAGUUUGCAGGAGUUCAUCCGGGCAGCGGGGACGGCGGGGCAGCUCCUUUACAGCAACUUGCAGCAUCUCAAGUGGAACGGCCAGUGCAGCAGUGACCUGUUCCAGUCCACGCACAAUGUCAUUGUCAAGACUGAACAAACGGACCCUUCCAUCAUGAACACCUGGAAAGAAGAAAACUAUUUAUAUGACACCAACUAUGGUAGCACAGUAGAUUUGUUGGACAGCAAAACCUUCUGCCGAGCCCAGAUCUCCAUGACAACCACCAGUCACCUUCCUGUAGCAGAGUCACCUGAUGUAAAGAAGGAGCAAGACCACCCUGUCAAGUCCCACACCAAAAAGCACAACCCGCGAGGGACUCACUUAUGGGAAUUCAUCCGGGACAUCCUCCUCAAUCCAGACAAGAACCCAGGGUUAAUCAAGUGGGAAGACAGGUCAGAGGGCAUCUUCAGGUUCUUGAAGUCGGAGGCAGUGGCUCAGCUUUGGGGCAAAAAGAAGAACAACAGCAGCAUGACCUAUGAGAAGCUCAGCCGGGCCAUGAGAUAUUACUACAAAAGAGAAAUCCUGGAGCGGGUGGACGGACGGAGACUGGUGUAUAAAUUUGGGAAGAACGCACGUGGAUGGAGAGAAAAUGAAAACUGACCCUCGAAACACAACCCAAAACAGACCCCAUAUCCUAGCAAGCUGGGAACUCCUGGAUGUAAAUAUGUCCAAGACGACUUUUCUCUGCUAUUUAUGUACCAUGAGGGAGAGAGGGAGGAAAAAAAAAAAUCGACUUCUAACGGGAAGAAGGAACACUACAGUUGAUAAACUCAUUUUGUUACUUUGAAGUACAUCCCGUAUGGGAAGCCAACGUACAGUUUCCUGUGAAUUAUGAUGCUGUAUGUGGUUGUGAUUGGUGUUUGCCUUUAUUGUGAAGUUCAUGUCCACUUGCAAGAAGAAUGGGUCUGUGGCCUUCAUGCUUCUUGCCAAGAGAAAGGGGGGAAAUUGGAGGGCAUUAAACAUGUUUAUAUGCAAGUGAUUUAGGAAAAGGUGGCAUGUGUCCUUCGCACCUAAGCAACUACAUGGCCUCAUUAAAAGAGGUGGGUGUGGUCGCAAGGAUGAACUUCAUCUGGGGUCUCCUACUGACGGCACGAACCGGAGGCAGCUGGGAAGUUUCACCUGACCCUUAGGAGCCACUGCGUGGAGAAUGAGGACUUCCAAGAACCAAGGUGGACUGUAAUCUCUGCAUAAUCACGUGACUUGCAACCUGUACAUUAGCCAGAAGAAUAAGGGUGGGGGCUUUUUUCUCACUCAGAAAUGAUUCUGAUGCCAAGGCUAUCUUCCUCCCUUCCCCUUGGAUGUGGUGAAAAAAAAAACUUCAAUUACCACCUCUGCUCACUUCUGGUUACUAAAGAAAGGGCCCAGUCUUGGUAAUUUUUAUCCCAAUUGCUGAAAAACUAAAUGGGAAAAAGGAGGUGGCUAUGAGCUUGCUCUUGUAUUCCUAGAGUCCAUGGUUUCUCAAUGAACACAGUUGUCAUUUUAGCUGAAUAAUUCUUUGUUGUGCAUUAUAGAGUGUGUGGCAGUGUACAUGACCUCUACCCUCUAGAGGCCAGUAGCACCUCUGUCUCUGAAGUUGUGACAACCAAAAAUGUCUUCAGAUGUUUUCAAAUGUCCCCCCAGAGCAAGGUGAGGGUAUAGGGGCACACAAGCAAAACUGUACUUGAGAACCACCAAUUUAGCCAGUCAAGAUGACGAUGGUGACUUAUUCUCAGAAGAGUAAGAUAUGUAAGAUCUUUUAGUCCCUAAGGAGAAGCAGAAGCAAGAUUCAAAGCCCAGCUUCUUUUUUAAUUUUUAAAAUAUUAAGGAAUGUGGGCUUAUGGUAAGUAACUAGAGGAGAACCCCAGAUGAGAGCCAAAGUCAGAUACAUUGAACAAGGUAAUGUAAUAAGAAUGAAAAGAAGACAUUUUCUCUGGAAUCACAAAGCAGACUAAAAAUUAUAUUGUAGAAAAAAAUGCUGAGAGAAAAUGUGUGUGUGUGUGAGAGAGAGAGAGAGGGGGGGGGAAGGGAGGGAGGAGAGAGAGAGUUUGUGUGUGUGUGUGUUCCAGGGGAAAACUGCUUUGCAGAUAUUAAUUCUUAUAGUCUUUCCUCUUUAGAAUCAUUUUUUGUGUGUGUGUCUCAUAUGAAAUCAUCCCAAAGUGAACGAAGUAUUGUGCAGAUUUGCAACCAGAGGAAAGUUAAAAAAAAUAUAGACAUAGAAAUGAAAGGAUGAAAGAGAAAAGCAGAAAAGAGCCUAGGUGCGAUGGUCAGGAAGGAGCUGGAGACUCCAAUGGUGGGGUUGUUGGGGGGGUACCUGGAGACUUAUCACUGGGCCUUGUAACCUGGGAGGACUGUGAGCCUGUAGACACUUUGCAAAUGGAUUUGAACAUCCACCCUUUUGCAACUUUUCUUUUUGGCUCCCCAUGUCCUUGGCUUUCUCCUCCCUCCUGCCUCUCUUGAGCAAUACCAUGGGGCUGAAGACAUGGACCAAUAAAAGAGAGUGCACUUCAUCAACUGAUGGAUCACCUGCCACCGUGUCUUAGCCAGCAGAGGUGAGCAAUGCUUAGUCAGAGAUUGCAAAGUCUUUGUAAUGCAUCUAGAAGGCUAGAAGUAAGAACUCACCAUUUGUCUUCCUUAUAAUGACAACCAUUAUGAAUGGUGACCUUGGCACACCAGGAUGGUGAGACGAAUGACCUUUUGAAGGUACAACCAAGUCCAUUUUUGUUUCUGCCUGGCUUGGUCACCUCCACAAAGGUGUGACUUAGUGCUGUCAAGUAGUAGUUACUGAGGGAACCGAGAGAAAUAACACUGAGCAGCCCAGCUCCGACACAUUCCAGUAAAAGGCACACCUUCUUUUCCAAGCCAGGCUAAGAACCAUGAGGCCUUCCCAGCAUCUGACCCUACUCCACACAGAAUGAAUUAAACAUCCAGAUAUUUGAAUUGGUAUCAACACGUGACUGUGUGAGUGUCUGUGUGCAUCCAAAUUGUGUGAAGAGAUUAGGGGCACCUGCUAAUUUUCUCUCUGCUAUUCCUUCCUUGGCUUGGCUUAUUUGUCACUUGAGAUGGCUAGGUUUUUCUCUGAGUUUGCCCUUCCCCUGUAAGUUUCUUGCAUUCCUCCAAACUGGCUCUUUCUGCACCUCCUCCGUGGAAGAGCUAUCUUUGCUAGGUAGUAAGCAAGGCUGGGGAGUACUGACUGGAACAGUUGUGCAGAUAAUUAGCCGAUGGUGUUAUUUCUUGAGAGUGACGGUUUCUUGGCACCCAGUUCCUACUUAAAUACUUUGGAGUAUUAAGUUCUCAGAUUAUCUCGCUAUUGUCUUGGCUUGAGUUUGCUGCAUUUUCUCUGUGCUGUUCGUGACUUGGAGAACUCAAGGUAAUUAAGCCAUGCCAACUUGGGGUGUGAACAGAAUACUUCCCAUCACAGUGUUGAAAGGGAGGGUAAAAUCCCAGAAAUAAGCCAGCAUCAGGUGAAGCAACCCCUUCUUUUGGGGGGACACACAGCUUCUCCCUUGAGAAGCUUGUCUGUGCUGGGUACUCACAUGGUCUUAAACCUUCCUUAAGCUAAAGACUUAGGCUCUUAUAUGUAGUUUUCAUGGGAACCCGAGGCAGGAAAUAUAUUGCUAAGACUUUACCAGACUCAGGUUAUCCAUGGUGCCUAGUUAUUUGACUUGAUGAAACUUGAGUACGGCUCUGGUUCCCAGGGCCAUACCUACAGCUUCUUGAACUUGCCUUCUGAGCCAGGCAGACCCAGGUUAUGAGUUUUCCUUUAGAGAAGCUAGUCCUUUCUCAAAGUGUUUGCCUUUCUAGACUGUAAGCUCUUUGUGGGCAGGGACUACAUCUUAUCAAUACCCGCCCUCUCACCCCAUCCCCCCGUGCCUACCAUGAGAUAGGUGCUCAAUACAUAUUUGUUGAGUUAAUAAAUGAAUGUCUUCUGGAAGACUCCUUGGAUUGGCAGGCCAGACCCAGAAUUGGGAUGUGAAUCAUUUCUUCACAGAAAUAAGAGCCCAACGGCCGUAACAUCAAGGACAUGUGACCUAUUAGAUGAACAUUUUAUUGUGAGACUCCUGACUUUGCCUUCUAACCAUCACUGAAAUGAAACCAAAACAGGCCGCUUGCUCCCGAAAGUCAUGAGACUUGGAUGAGACUUCUGUUGCUUUAUUAGGAACUGUGAGAUUUGUCUGGUAUAAGAAACCAGGAAUGUGCCUUUGACCUGUUUUAACUGAUGAAGAUUAUAAAUGUGUUUAUAUGAUGUAAAUUGCUAUUUAAGUGUAAAGCAAUUCUAAGUUUUAGUAUUUGGGGAUUGGUUUAUAUAUGUAUUUUUUUUUCUUUUUGAAAAGUAUGGAGGGAUCUUUUGAUAAGGUGAGUCAUGCAUGUUAGAUUUUAGUUUUGCAAGUGUGUUUUCCAAAUGUAUAAAAGAUAGGAAAAAUAGUAAGAGGGAAAGCAAUUAUAUUAUUCUUCUGUAGUUUAAAAAAAACAACCACAUUUGUUGAGUGCCUACUAUAUACACUGCAGGAAACCAAGUCCAUUAAGAGUUUAUCUAAUUCUAUGGGGUGGCAUAGACACUCCAUAUGAACAUAAUGGGUGAUGAGCACAUACUGUCUUAAAGGAAGAGCAACCUGGCAGUCACAAUAUCAGAGCUGAAUUAGCCUCAGUGUUGGUUCUCAGGAUCCCAUUUCUGCAAUAAGAGAUACAGCAUUUAAUAAAAACCCAUUCAAGCUGUGCCUUAUGAACCACUGAAAUGUAUAAGCCGUCACAAACUUAGCUAAAUUGGGAUUAAUCUUUUCAUAGCUAUCUACACAAAUCUCGCUUUUCUUUCCGUCUGAUUUCUGGGUAGACAAUUUGUAGGAAAUGACCUUAUUUUUUAAAGAUUAGAAAUCUCGCCCUUUAAACUAUGUUAAAUUCAAAUGGAGUACUCCUCUUCUAUGAAAGAAUUAUAUUUUUCAAAAUACCUUUGUUGUUGUUUUUGUUUGUUUGCUUGUUUUCUGGGUCCCGGAAAGCACUAAUAAAAGCCACAUAGACCAUC